AAGAAGAAAAACAAGAUUUUACCAAAAAUCUUGUCUUGAUACAGAUUGAGAGCUCUAAUCUCAUAAUUACCUGUCUGAAGCAAUAUCAAUUGCUCACACGUGGAAUUAAAAGGGCCUUCAGGUGUUAAUAACCAAUCAAAUUGGACCACAAAGGGCCAAAAAGCCUUAAAUUGUGCCACAGUUACUGCUACUACUAAGGGAAGUUCGUGCCCGAGUUCUCCGCUUUGCCCUCAAAACAAUAAGACGCGGACAUUAUCAGCAAUGAGGUCUUCUAUGUACGAGAUUGAUAGAUGUCUUACGGAGAGAAAUAGAGAUAGUUCUGUUGAUGAAUGCAGUUCAUGUAAAUCUGUAUCCUCUACUUGCUCUCGUUCACUGCAUUUGCCAACAGCCAAUAACAAAAACUCCUCCUCUUGGCUAUCUCUUAAACAAAAUGACAUAUUUGCUUCAAGAUCAUCUUUCAAAAUGGGGGGCCUUUUCUUGCCUCCACAUCCAACUUCCAAUAAAUUGGGAGCAGAUGCUAGGAAAGGAAUGAAGGGUUUCAGUGAUCAGGGAGAUGUGCAUUCACUGAAGUUUCUCUACAACCAUCACCUUCAAUGGUGGUUUGCAAAUGCCAAAGCACAGGCCUCCAUGCACUACCAAAGACAUGAGAGCCAGAGCAAACUUUAUUCCUUUGCGCAACAAUUGUCUGAUCUACGCAAAUCUGUAAGCCAGAAACACGCUGAAUUUGGGGUUUUUGAGAAGGAUCAAAACUUUAUCCACUAUUUUUGAAUGAAAUUAUCAUGUCUUGAUGAAUGGGCUAACCUUGAAGAGGAUUAGACAACUUCUCUGUCAGGUACAACUGAUGGCUUGCACAUUUGCUCUCUGAGACUUCCUAUUGACACGGAAUUUCAUGUUGAUUUAAAAGAGUUAGGAGAUGCUCUUAGUUCAUAUACAAAGGUGAUGGAAAUGAUCGGUUUGCAAAUUCAGAACUUUAUGCAAAAGGCAGAAGAAACAGAAAGUUUAAUCUCUGAACUAUUUAGGGUAAUUGGCGGAGAGAAAACUCUUAUAGAAGAAUGGGGGGAUUUAUUAAUGAAGACAUAUAUCUCGCAGGUGACAGAAUGGAGUUUACGGGGGCAGAUGAUUAAAAUGCACCGGAACAACCUUUAUCAAGUUUAGAAAGAAUGAAGAUUCCUGUCACUGUUGUGGAAAACUAUUCGCGCUAGACUUCUCUUGUCAAGGGGGGAGGGCGUUCCAUCGGAAUCUCUGAGUAUAUCAUUUGCAACAGCGCGAAUGUCAUGUGCAUACUUGAGAUGAUCUGCAAUAUCAAUUUUUUCCAUGAAUUUCGUUUGUAUAACAAGUAAGAAUCUUUGUCAACAACAUUGUAAUAAAGUUGUGCCUUUGGGUCUUGAACA